UCCCGCCGAGGGCUGGCGUCGUCCCUCUAGUAAUAGUUGCUCCCGAUGAGCCGACGCCAAGUAUUGAAAAGUAUCAAAGUAUCCGUUUUGAAAUGUCCCUGCGAACGGGUUUUGUUUGUCCAGCGCGUCCGUCAGCGCCGUCUGCUGGUCGAUGUCCGGCGAAUACGCGGCCAGCGUGGACAAAAGGGGGCGCGCCGUCCUCUGGAGCGACAUCUGACGGGCGGACGGACGUUUGGCUUUCCAAUUUUUUUUUUGAUAUGGGAACCUUGUAUUUUUUAAUUAUUUUCAUCGUUGGGAAAUUUGGAAUCACUUUUAAUAUAUGGUGUGUCACUUGAAGAAUAAUAAAAGGCUUUUUUUCUAGAGGAAAAGUAGUCACUUUUCAUUUGACCUGAAUCGAUUUCAUCAAUGAAAGAGUGAAAUCAUAUCUGGUGAUGUGUGAUUAUUUUGAAUUUGGGCACUUCUAGACCUGAAUCCAUUUCAAUAUUUCAUUCAAUCAAAUGGAACCGUUUUCUAAUUUAUAUUUGUUCCAAUAAAUCCAUUCCAAAGUCAGAUGAAAAGAUAGACGAGUGGAUUGGCCGCCAUCCUUCCGUCUAUUGCCGUCAACGAGACGAUGUUUUUGAAAUUCUCCCUGUGACGCCGGGGCGGACUCUCUUCUCCGAUCACGUGAGCGGACUCCCUCUCUUCAGUUUCCACGGUGACGGCCGGGACCCCUCCUCCUCUUCCUCCUCUUCAUCCCGAUCGGCCGCUGGUCUCGUCUGCUGGUUGGUUCGUCGUCAGUAUGGCAGAGAAAGGAACCAGAGUUUUUAAAAAAGCAAGCCCCAAUGGCAAGCUGACGGUCUACCUGGGCAAGCGAGACUUUGUGGACCACGUGGACGGAGUGGAGCCCGUCGACGGCGUCAUCUUGAUCGAUCCGGACUACCUGAAGGAGAGAAAAGUCUUUGUGACGCUCACCUGCGCCUUCCGCUACGGGCGAGAAGAUCUGGACGUGCUGGGCUUGACCUUCCGCAAAGAUUUGUUCGUGGCCAACGCGCAGGUCUUUCCCCCGGCGACGGACCGGGGCCGCCGCGACCUGACUCGUUUGCAGGAGCGGCUGAUCAAGAAACUGGGGGAGCACGCCUACCCCUUCGCCUUCCAGAUCCCGCUUAACCUGCCGUGUUCGGUCACGUUGCAGCCGGGACCCGAGGACACCGGAAAGGCCUGCGGCGUGGACUUUGAAAUCAAAGUGUUUUGCGCCGACAACGCCGAGGAAAAGAUCCACAAAAGGAACUCGGUCCGCCUGGUGAUCCGGAAGGUUCAGUUCGCUCCGGAGAAAGCCGGGCCUCAGCCCAGCGCCGAGACCACCAGGCACUUCCUCAUGUCCGACAAAGCUCUCCAUCUGGAGGCCUCGCUGGACAAGCAGCUUUACUACCACGGCGAACCCAUCAGCGUCAACGUCCACGUCACCAACAACACCAACAAGACGGUCAAAAAGAUGAAGGUGUCCGUGCGACAGUACGCCGACAUCUGCCUCUUCAACACGGCGCAGUACAAAUGUCCGGUGGCGAGCCACGAGUCCGACGACGUGGUGGCUUCCAGCUCCACCUUCUGCAAAGUUUUCACCCUGACGCCGUUUCUGUCCAACAAUCGAGAGAAAAGAGGCCUGGCGCUGGACGGCAAGUUGAAGCACGAAGACACCAACUUGGCAUCCAGUACGCAGUUGCGCGAGGGGGCAGACAAGGAGAUGUUGGGCAUCGUGGUGUCCUACAAAGUCAAAGUCAAGUUGCUGGUGUCUCGCGGCGGACUCCUGGGAGAUCUGGCCCCCAGCGACGUGUCCCUGGAACUCCCUUUCACGCUGAUGCAUCCCAAGCCUCGAGAAGAGUCUCUCCACGGCCAAGAAAGUAAGAACCCGCCUCGCCACGCCCAGCCGCUGGCGCCGUUAGCCGCUCCCGCUAACGGACGCUUUUGUUCGGCAGCCGCCGCCGAUGACACCAACCUGAUCCAGUUUGACGCCAACGACGACGACAUCAUCUUCGAAGACUUUGCCCGACAGCGGCUGAUCGGCGCCAAAGACGACGAGGACGAAGAGGCGGCGGCGGCGCUCCACGACAGAUAGAGCCGAGCCUCCGCCGGGAACGCCGGCUUCUUCUCUCCGCGUCGGCUAAAGAACGCUAGUUUAGUCGGACGGCGAUGGAAUUUGACUUUGGUUGUAGACGUCUGCAUGCGCCGGAUGUAUUCGUUGCUUUCCCGCUACCGCGGGCGUACGGGGCUGUCAAAUCGUCAAAAGUUUUUGUCGUCAAAUGGAAAAGCACGCGGCAGGUAGUUAGGAGGGAGGGCCGACCCGUAGAAAAAUUCGACCGGAGAGGAAGUGACUCCCAAAUGCCCGCAAAUCAACAGGAAGUGACCCCGAAAGGCCAAAAAUCAAUCGGAAAUAGGACUCUGAAUAGGAAGUGACCCCAUAUUGACAGGAAGUGAGCUGUUAUCAAAUGAAAGUGACCCAAUAUCUACAGGAUUUAUACUGCCAAAAAGAAAUAGGAAGUGACCCCAAAAUGCCUGCAAAUCAACAGAAAGUGAGCCCCCCAUAUCAACAGCAAGUGACUUAGAAGUGUCCCCAAAUCAACAGGAAGUGACCUUGUUUCAACAGGAAGUCACCCAGAAAGUUUUUGUGGCAAAACAGAAAGGCACGUAGUUAGGAGGGAGGGCUGACACGUCAUCUCAUUUGACGUCCAAUCCGUUUGGACUGCAAUUUUUUUUUAAAAAAGUUGUUUUUUUCUAUUUGAAGAAGGAAACAUGUCUGCCACUUUCACACCUGUGGGUUAAUAAAAGCAGUACUUUUUUUUUUUUUCGAUUUGAAAAAGGAAAAAUCUAAACAGUCUCUUUUUAUCUACUGUGUAUUGAUUUAUUUUUAUCUAAAAAAGGGGGAACCUGGUGAACACUUUGUGUGGUUGAAUUCAAAAAUGUCAUUAUUUCGAAGAAAAGAAGCACAAAAUCUUCUCCCAUGUCCGAAGCGUGUCAAUUUGACAUGAAUUUUAUCGGCGCGAAAACCACAAAUUCGACAACGCGACUGUCUUUGGCGGGCGCAAAAUGAUGACGUCGGGCGAGUUCAACUCACAAAGCAUAUUGUCAAUUGCUGAGGACAGUACUAGUAUUGAUGUUUUUAUUUAAAUAAAGUACAGGUGAUGUGAAAUGAGUUUGUCCCUUGUUCAUUUUCGGGUUGAGUCACUCCAUGUCCAUUCUAGGCUCAGUUCAUGAAUAUUUUGAAUGCUCACUUCCUGUAUGGAUCUUUUUCUGGUCAGUUCCUUUUGAUUUUGGCUCACUUGCUGUACAUUCGGGCUCCCUUCCUGUCCAAUUUGGACAGUGCAGUAUUGUUAAUCUUACUUUUAAAAAGUAAUUCAUUACAUUUGCAAAUGACUUCCCCCCAAAAGUAACUGAGUUACCUGAAUGUAACAGUGAAUUGGUUACUUGGCAAUGUAACGAGUGUUACUUUUCAUGUUUUUAUUAUUUUUUUUCUCUCAUUCUCUCCCCCCCAAAAAAACCCCCCAUAGUAACCUUUGCUAUGUUUGGAAGUCAUUUCAUGUUGUGAAUCAACUGUUAAAGUUGCUCCCGUUAUUGCAUUAGUUCCCUUCUGUCUUUUGGCACGUGAAAGUUUUAAAACUGUUUCAUCAUUUAAAGAUACUCGAUUUGACCGAAUUAGGAGUAUUUUAGAUAAAACGUUUCUUAGGUUUGCUCAGAAGGUUGUAUACACCAGAGCCUUCCUGAGAAGUCUACUGGUUUAAGAUGGCGGCUGUUUACUAACGCCGGCGAGUCUAUCAUUUCCAAUCUAGUUCUAUAUACACGUGAUAUCUACCGUAGCAUCACGCGGGUGUAGUUUGUAGGCUAUUGGCUACAGUCAGGCAUGAAUGGAGCCAACUAGCAUCGCAUUUGCAAUGGCGUGACAACUCCCUUCCCUCCUCCCCACUCCCGCUUUGCUCUCUCUCUCAUCUCACAGAUUUUUCUUGCGUCAUUCAACCCACGUAGUAACGCACGCCUUUACAUCCUCAGUAACGGUAACGGCGUUGCCAAGAUGAGAAAAGUAAUUCAUUAGAUUACUCACUACUGGAAAAAAUAACAGCGUUAGUAACGCCGUUGUACGCUAACGCAGUUCUGAACAACAUUGAAUUUGGAUCAUUUUCCGCCCAGAUGUUUUUGGUCACAUUUUGUGGCAUUCCAGGGGUCAUUUCCUGUGUAUCUCUGGAGAAAUAUUUACUGCCUAUGUAUGAUAUAUACAGUGCUGGCCAAAAGUAUUGGCACCCCUGCAAUUCUGUCAGAUAAUGCUGACUUU